AUGGUAGAUCCAAAGAGACACAUUUACAUACUGUCUGCCGAGGAGCAAGCGUUUCUGGAAGAGUGUGAGCAUGAGUACGCAAACCGGUUCACGGAUCUUGAUGAGGAGUUCAUGGAGUACUGUAAGCGGGCACCGCACCCUCCGCCGAUAGUUUACCCAUGGAACCCCGGAUAUCGGCGUGGUGGUGGCGGCGGAGGCGGUCCUUGGCGUGGUCACCGGAAUGACCGCCGGUUCCAUGACAGAGGGCGAGGUGGCCAUUUUUCGCAAGGACAGCGAUACGACGGAUCAAGGCAACGAUCGUACCAUGGAGAUCGGGAUGAUUACAACAGAAACAAUCAUUAUGAGCACCGGAGCAAUCAUCGCGAUCAUCACAAUCGGUACGAGCGUGGUCGUGGCGAUCGCAAUGCACCGUACCGCCUGCACGAUCGGCAGCAACAUCAGCAGCAGAAUCAUGACGCGAACCGUUGAUGGUAGUUCCUUGAGCGCCAUACCAAAUUCCGCUUUCCCGAACAGUUCCACCGUUCGGAAGCAAUAUCAUCUUUGUUCAUCCCGUUCUACAGCAGAUUCUUUACAAGGAUGUAAAUAAAUAUUUGUAAAUAAAAGCUGGGUGAAACACAGCA